AUGCUUCGGAAGGCCCGCCCUCCAGGCGGUCCAGGGGAGGGACCGGCAGCCCGAGGCCGGUCCCAGGCCAGCGCGGUGCAGCGUGCGGGGUACACUGACUGGCGAGGGGGUGGUAGUGGUGUGCUCCCCACGCCCGAGCGCCUUCUAGGGCGGGGAGGCCCGCAGGGAUUUGGGAGCUCUGGGGAGCUGCGCGCCUGUGGUUUCUCGUUGUCGGAGAGCCGUGCGCCGGGGCCACCGAGCCAAGCUCCGCCGCCCCGCUGUCCCGGGCCGGGUGUGGACCUAAAAAUACCCGGCGGCUUGGAGCCUGUGCUCCGGGUGCGGGAGGGUCCGGCCGGGCCGCAGAGGGCGUCUGGAGACCGGAGAAACGGCGGACGCCUGGCCCCUCGCCUUGGCCGGGGCUGUCCCUUUAAAUCCUGGAGGAGGCAAAGAGAAAAAAAGGAAAGAAAGAGAAAAGACGAGGAGCCCCAAGCUGAGGGUGGCUCUGCCCGGCCCCGCACUCCGCCCCCCGCGCCGCGUCCUGACUGCCGCCCGCCGCCCCUGCGGGUCCUGGGCGCCCCGCCCGCCGCCACAGUUACUGUCAAAAUAGAAAUUAAUUGGAGCCGAGGAGGAGGUUGGGACGCAGCAAGUGCAUGUGUGGCAGGGCGGGGAGGGGGCGUAGGGGAGGGAGCGGGAGCCGGCGAGGGGCAACCGCAGACAUCCGGGCCCUUUAGCCUAGUGCGCACCCCGAGCCGGUGGCGCGGGCAGCGCGGGCGCGGGGCGCGGGGCGCGGGGCUGACAGCCGCGGAGGCGCGGGAGGCGGGGCGCAGGGAGGGCGGAGGCGAGGCGCGGGGAGGGAGGAGCUGCCGCGCGCCCGCCACAGCCGCUCGGCUCCACACCGCGGGCGCAGCCCGGCCACGAGACUCUGACAGCCCCGCGGCCCGCGCUGCUUCGGCGCGCAGGGACAGACGAACCGCAGCGGCGGCGAAGGAGGACGCGAGGACCGCGGCCCGGCGCCAAGUGCUGGAGGCGCGCAGGUCGGGCGGCGCGCAGAGGUCUCACUCUGAAGCAGCAGGGCACUCGGAAGGCCACACCACCCCCAAGGAGCAGGCCCAGCCAAGAGAAGGUAAGAGAUGGCGUGGAGCCCUCCAGAGCCUGCAGCGUGAGCACCAUCUGCAGCGCGUUGGACCUGGAGCCUCCAAGGCAGGACUGCUUCACUGGGGAGACUCAAGAGGAAUUGAUACUUCGGCCCCCAGUGACAUGUACACGGUGUAAUGACAGGUAAUGAACCUGAGGUUCAUCAAUCCUUUCUGAAUGAUGUGGCAGGUAGGAGAAUAUAUCAGCCUGGAGUAGACAUACAAUGUCAACUCUUGGGAAGAUAACUAUGCAAACAGAGCAGAGUAAGGCCUGAUAAGAUGAUAGAUGCAUGCUUUAUAGUUAUUAGUUUCUGCCCCAAGCCCUUGCUGGAGUUAGCACCAGAAGAUUUAGCAUCAGGCAGGUUCACUUACUCUACCUUGUAGGAAGGCAUGAUGCCAUUAUGGAUGUAUCACCUCCUGUUUUAAGACCUCAGAGUAACAAAUCAAGGAGUCAUUAUUUCCCAUAGCUCCCUUGGGAGGCAGGGCAUGAAUGCUGGUGGGGAAACAGAGGCAGCAAGACAGGCAGGAACUCUUUCCUAUAUUGGUGAUACCUGAGCGACAGACCUGGAGGCCCCAUUGGCUGAGAAGUGUUCCGGGUUGGAUCAGAUUUCUUGAAUGACAGGUGAGGUAAUGGGUUGGUAUUUCUUGUUAAAAAGGAAGUAGGGACUUUGUGGCUUCCUUCAGCCCUCCAAAGAUGCCAGGGCAAGUAGCAGAUGAUCAAGGUUGGCUAGGGGAGGUCAUGAGUAGGGGUCUGGAGAGCUCAGGAAGGGGCUGGCAGACACUCUAGGUCUAGCAGGUAAUUGGAGGAGAUCAGCCAUGGCAGAAAACAUUAAGAAGGUCCUCAGAGUCUAGAGGACAAAGCCCUGAGGCAAAAGGACCAGGAUCUAGUGGGAUGGAGACCCCAAAGAUGAGUUCUGAUCUGAUGGAGGGCCUGUUCCCAUUGGCCACCUGGUGGAGAACCUGUUCCCACUGGCCAUUUGGCUACUGUAUCAUACUGGGUACUACUCUGGCCAUUUCCACCAUGGGGUAAACAACAGGCUAGGGUGGGAGCAAAAAUAGCUUGGGCCUUGGGAAACUGACCAGGGCAGGGGGAGAAAGCCAGUGACCUGGGGCAGGAGGCCCAAGUGGGUGGGGCAAAUUCCAUUCCUGUGCAGGCCAGUGUCAGGGUCCAUGAGGCCUAGCCAAAGGGUGGGGCGGGGCAGAGUCUUAGGACUUCUGGGUGGCCUUGUUCUAAAUCAGGCAGAAAGAAUAAGAUGAAGAAGAAAUCCAGAAAACAACCCAAUUCUAGGAAAUGGAUCAGCUUCAGGCACCAGGCAGGCCCAGGACUUGACUUUUGUCUAUAUGAACAAAUGGAAGGGGAAUCGAACUUUGGGGUGGGAGGGAUCCCAGCGAGGAUAGUCAGGGGUCUGGCUAGGCCUGGGGGUACUUUGCUAUGGAGCUGACAUCUUCAUAAUUUCCUGCGGCUAGCUGUGUCCCCAGGCACCCUAGACCCUAGUGUACUGGCCCUGGGCUAUCCUCAGAGCCCUGUCUCUCAGUGGAAGAGGUGGUCUGUGCAUUUUCAGCUUGGCUAGGGACCUGGGCAGGGCUGAAUCUGCGGGGCCUUGUGAUGGGAAGUAAUGGGGGCAGGAGGAGGCAGAAAAAGCCCAGCCCUGCAGGUGUGUGUGUGUGUUAAGUCGCUUCGGUUGUAUCCACCCGUUUGUGACCCUAUGGACUGUAUGCAGCCCGCCAGGCUCCUCUGUCCAUGGGAUUCUCAGGCAAGAAUACUGGAGCCAUGCCCUGCUCCAGGGGAUCUUCAGGUGGGUGGGUGAGGACUUCUCAUGUGUGCAGCCUUAAGAAGGUUAGGGGCAAAAUACAUUCUGAUUAAGUCAAGAAAGAACAGCAGAUUGAAUCUAUCAGAAGGUUCUUAACCUAGUUUCUCAAUAUUUACCAAGUACCUGUUUUGCACUCGGCACCAUGCUAGUGCCAGACAAAGAUGCAUGAGAUGUGUCUGCUCCCAGGGGAGGGAAUAAAGGGCAGAGGGAAAAAGCAUGGGAGUAGAGACAGAUCCCAGAUUCUGGGAGCCUCAGGCUCCUGUCUUCAAAAUGGGAACAAGACUUCCUCACUCAUAGGCUGGUUGGGAGAAUUAAAUAAAACGAGACGUGCAAAGCACCCAGCACUGCAGCUGGCACCGUAAUAAGUGAUCAGCCAUUUAGUUUGCUUCCAUUGUUCUGCUCUUGGAGGAGCUCACGGUCUGCAGGCAGGAGGGAGUAAAGAAGCCUGGGAGAAACGCAUCCGAAUUCCCAGGACUUCCAACCGCGAACUGGUUUGAAGCUGGACACGACUGAUCAACUUAACACAGUUGAGGCCUGGGCUUUGGAAACCUGGUUCUCAGCAUUCCUCUGGCUGUGGAAAAUGUGGUUUAAGGUGGAUCCAAACACUCGGAAAUGGUGACUGUGUGCAAGUGCUUUGGCAGUGGCUGGGCCUGGAGAUG